GUGACUAUGAAGGGUUUCUGUGUUCUCUGCUGUUGCCUGCGGAAUCUCGAUCCUCUGCUUUGGCCUUGAGAGCUUUCAAUGUGGAACUGGCUCAGGCAGAUUAAAGACUCCAUAACUCAGAAGACUACAGGUUUGAUGCGAAUGCAGUUCUGGAGGGAGGCUGUGGAAGAUAUAUACUGUGAUAACCCACCACAUCAACCAGUUGCUACAGAACUGUGGAGGGCUGUCAAGAGGCAUAAGUUGACUAAAAUGUGGUUCAUGAAGAUCAUUGAUGAAAGAGAAAAGAAUUUGGAUGACAGAGCGUACCGUAACAUCCAGGAGCUUGAAACGUACGCUGAGAACACUCAGAGUGCUCUCUUGUACCUCACCUUGGAAAUGCUGGGUGUGAAGGACAUCCAUGCUGACCAUGCAGCCAGUCACAUUGGGAAAGCACAGGGUAUAGUCACCUGCUUAAGAGCUACUCCUUAUCAUAGUACAAGGCAAAAGGUCUUUCUUCCCAUGGACAUUUGUAUGUUGCAUGGAGUUUCACAAGAGGAUUUCAUAAGAGGCAAGCAAGAGAAAAAUGUGAGAGAUGUAGUUUAUGACAUUGCCAGCCAGGCCCAUAUUCAUCUAGAACAUGCUAGAUCUUUCAGUAAGAAAGUUCCUGUGAAGGCAUAUCCUGCUUUUUUCUGUACGGUUGCUUUAGAUGAUUAUUUAUGUAACGUGCGAAAAGUGGACUUCAAUAUAUUUCAUCCAAGCUUACAAAAGAAGAGGAACAGCUCUCCCUCUUGGAUGGCCAUUCCUGAUUCUGCCCUUAGGGACAAUGUUGUGAAUGGAGGCAUUACUUACCUGUCAAACAAGGAUACUUGUGAAAGAUGGUGGAUCGCUUGGCAAACAGUGAGGCAAAUACUAGAAGAAUAAGUAUAGUGGAGAACUGCUUUGGAG